AUGGAUUCUCCAGUGACGUCCACUUCGUCCAGCAGAAACUUAACCCUUGAUAAGAUCCAAAUUUUGAAUUUGUUUAAGCUGUUUGAUAACCUGCCCUUCGACCCAAAGAGCGAAAAUGAGACAUGGCACAUCGUGAACAAAGAAUUCAUAGACAGCCUGAGGAACUACGAAGAAGGCAAGGCGAGUCGCUACCAAACACUGAUCAAUAACAAAAUAUUUGUGGAGGACGACAGUAACGUCACCACGAGGACGAGACUGCUCAAGGAUUACGAAAAUGGAAACGGAGUGAAUUUCCUCCUCUACCCAGAGAAGGCCAUAGAGGUCUUGGAAAAGCAUUUUCACUUUAACCUAAAAAUCCCAAGGGCGGUUUACCCCUAUAAGGUUCCCAAGAGGGAUAGAAUAAUUUACAAAGUGGACAUUCAGCCGCUCAAACUUGUGGUGUACUCGAAGAACCCGAACGAGUUUAGCAGCCCGUCUAAGAUGAAGAUCGUCGUCCUGCGCAACGACACGGUGGAGGAUGUGCUCAAGGAGAUCGUCACCGACUUCGCUCCCGCGAGUUUCAAGAAAAAUCUCUUCUACGCAGAAGAGAGGAGCGGCAAGAGGGAAUACAACUGGGAGUGUUUAUUCCUGCACGAUUCGACGGAGUACCCCCUGAAGAAGAAGAUGCACGAAUAUGACAUUGAUGAGGGGACCUGUUUGUUAAUAACAAAUGAGCGAGCAGACAUAAAGUGCCUGACGAAUGAGAGCGACUAUGGAUACACGAGGCAGGAGUCCAGUUUUAGGAGGUCCGAGAAGGAGGAGGAUUGUAUGAGGGGCUACUCCAGCGGAGGGACAGGCGGGUACGGUUCUACCCACGCGCAGGGAAACACACAGGGUUCCACACAGGGAUACCCCCAACAGGGCAUGAUGAAGCAAAUAAGCUACAUAUUCGAGCACGGGGGGGACCGAGGUCUAAUCAACCUCGGUAAUACCUGCUUCUUGAAUUCCUCCCUGCAGUGCCUAGCCAAAAUAAAAAAAUUUUCCAAUUACUUCCUAAGUGGAACCUUCUGGAAUCACAUAAACUACUCCAACCCUGUGGGGCAGAAUGGACGUCUAGCCAAAGCGUACUACGAAACGUUGCUUGAGCUUUGGAAGAUAAAUAAGAGAAGCGAGCCGUAUGCACCCAAGGCAUUAAAACAAGCCAUAAGUGAAAAGAGAGAUGAAUUCUACGGGUACCAACAACACGAUUCACAGGAGUUAUUAGCCUUCCUUCUUGAUGGCUUGCAUGAAGAUUUGAACUUAAUACAGAAGAAGCCCUACUACGAAGAGAAGCUACAAGGAGGAUUAGAUAAACUGGACAUUGAUGUUGCGGAAGCAUCUUGGAAUAGGCACAAAGAGAUUAAUAACUCCAUUAUUGUUGACCUCUUCCAGGGACAGUACCGAUCUCGUCUACAAUGUCCCAAGUGUAAAAAAGUUAGCAUAGCAUUUGAUCCGUUUAUGUACUUAUCGAUCCCGUUACCGCCGAAGAAGAAUCACCGCAUCUGGUUCCACGUUAUGUUAAAUAGGGACGCUCCCAUAGGUAUGAGAUUCUCCUGCUCUUUUAGUGGCUCACAAGAGGUCCUAAAAUUGAAGAUUUUCCUUCUCACCAUAAUAAAAAAUUUAAAAGGAAAAAGAAAAAACAUUCUUCUUCAUAAUAAGUGUAUAAUUAAGAAUAGCAAAGAGUCUUCCCAUGAGGGAAGAAAUAACCAUGCCAAUGCAACUACGUGCAGUAGCAGUGGUAGCAGCUGUGGUGGUGGGGGGACAAACAGUACCAGCAAUAGUGCCUUCAACUUCCAUUAUAAAUAUAUGGAUGACAAAAAUGAAUUCUACGAAGAUAAUGAGGACAAUUGCACCAAUGCGGAUAUUGCCAAUUACCUCAAGGCUAUAAAAAACAAAAGUAAGAUAACAAACACGCUGAAGGAACAAGAAAUCUCCACCGUCCAUGAGAGCAUCUGUGCCAUGUGCAACAUACAAUCGAUUGACGAGCUAGAGAUUAACAAUUUGAGCUUCCUUUUUACGAAAUUUAAAAAUCUCGCUUGUAAUCAAUUUUUUCAAGUCCUAAAUAACUCCGAUUUUGUCACCGAAUCGCAUACGAGAAAUGGAAAAGGGAUCAGCCACAUUUUUGUCUUCAUCCUGCCGAAGUCAUGUUCCCAUCUGAUUGAUAAAAAUAUGGAUGUCAAGGUGGGAGAUGAACAUCUGGAGGUCCUUACCAACUCCACGGUCACCACGAACAACACCAGUCUCAAGGAUGAAGAAAUGAACGUGAAGAGCGAAGCAGGCAACAACAACUGCAGUAACGAUAGCAGCAGUAACAAUAACAACGGCGCGGAGAAGAAAUCGCUCAAGGGGAAGAACAGCCACACGAGCAAGAUUCUUAAAAAGAGAAAGGGGGUGCUCGGCCCAUCCAACAGUAAUGGGAUCCCUAUUAGGAAGGGAGACAAAAUGAACCCAUCCGGGGCCGAGGAGGACGAAGACGACGAGGUCACCCCUGUGACAUCAUCUCCAGGGGGAUGGAAUGGAAACGUUGGCGGAAAUGCUAGCAUAAACGGAAGAGAGCCAUACGACGAAGUAAUGGAAGAGUCAAACGAUAUUAACAUGCAGGAGGCCUCCUCACAGACACCCCAAAAUGAUUCCAAUUCCAAUGGCAUGAGCAAAGGCAAGACAAACUGUGAGCAACACAUUUCUUACAGUGAACUUUUUCGAGAUCGAAUUUUGUUAACACAAGAUUUACAUAACCUCCACGACAAGUACUUCUCCCUCCUGAUAGUACCUCUGUGCCCAGAUGAGCAGCUUUUCUACAAAAUGAAAAAUAAUGAUUUGCCCCUCCUCUUUAAUGUCCCUUUCAAUUUUACGCUCAAUGAUCUAUACGCGAAGGUGGAAAAUGCCUACCCGAAGAAGCCCGCGGGGGGUAGAACAGCACCCAGCGGAACUACCCCCACUUCCAAUCAGUACACCGAUCGGUAUGAAGAACUCUGCACACAUAACGGGAAUGGAAGAAGCGGAGGUGACGAGGAAAGUGCCAAGAAGGAUAGCAUAUCGAGUAGCGAUGUGGCGAAUAAGGCCAUGACAAGUGAGUACAACCAGGGGUUGGAGCAAAAGGGAGCCGCUGCCUUGGUUGAGGGAGGCGACGACUGUGCCAGUAGGUUUACUCUGUACCUGCCGUGCUAUAACCUGAAGGAGGAGUGGACGCCAAAGGACAACCUGGGGCUGGAACUCAAAAGAGACGAAACGUACCUCUCAGAUUAUAUAAAAAAUUCGGAGGAAAAGCGACUCAUAAUUAUACACCUUAACAGCGUUGGCAUAGAUCAUGAGUUGUCCCUGGAUAUAAAGACGAUCACUUUUGUCGAUUUGGAAGAACGCUAUGGGAUUGACACUUGUUUGAAAUUAUUUUCGGAAGAGGAGCACCUGGAUGAGAACAAUACCUGGUACUGUGGCAAUUGCAAGCUGCAUGUACAGGCUUAUAAGAAGCUAGACCUAUUCCGAAUGCCAAUCAUCCUCAUUCUACAUUUAAAAAGAUUUAACAAUACAAAUAGGUGGCUAAGGACAAAGAUCGAUUCGUAUGUUUACUACCCCCAUAAGGAGAAUGAAUACCUAAAUAUGACCCCUUACAUUCUGGAGGAUGGCUUAAAACACAUGAUAAGGAUGGACCCUCAUUAUUCCCCUUUGUAUGAACUCAUCGGAGUUAACUGUCAUACGGGUGGCCUCUGUGGGGGACACUACUUCGCGUAUGUGAAGCUCAACGGGAAGUGGUACAAUUUCAAUGAUACCUUCGUUACCACCAUUGACGAGUCGCAGGUCAACACGAAGAACGCGUACCUCCUGUUUUACCAGCUGCAUACUCACAAGAACGAGACCUUCGCGGGCGUGGCGGACCAGAGGAAUUUGGCGGAGGAGGAGGCCAUUCGCAUGGCCAACGCGAGCUACUACAAUUAG